GGCGUCGGAGGAGAAGGAUCGAUCCGACCAGGGAGGAGACGUGGCCAGAAAAUGGGCCUCCACAGAGGCGUCGCGCUGCACGCGGCCGUGCUCGCCGUCGUCGUCGGAUUCGCGGCCGCCGGGUUCAUCUCAAAUGACGCGCUGCUCGAGCACGAGCACGACACCACCGGCCGGAGCUUGCUGCAGACCAAGAAAGAUUGCCCGGUGAGCUUCGAGGGCGCGAACUACACGGUGAUCACGAGCCGGUGCAAGGGCCCCCUGUACCAGCCGUCUCUGUGCUGCGGCGCGCUCAAGGACUUCGCGUGCCCGUACUCCACCUACAUCAACGACGUCUCCACCAACUGCGCCGCCACCAUGUUCAGCUACAUCAACCUCUACGGCAAGUACCCGCCGGGGCUCUUCGCCAACACCUGCCACGAGGGCGACAAGGGCCUCGCCUGCCCUGAGGACACCCCGCAGGUCAAGCCCGGGGAGCAGGCCGCCAGCGGGGCGGCCACCGCCGUCCCCGCUGCUGCUGCUGCGGCCCUCGCGGCCAGCGUCGCCGCCUUGUCCGUGCUGGUGUCUUGGUGAGACCCGGCUUGCCGUUGUGGCUGGAGAGCCGGUCACUGUGUAACCAACUGUGUUUCUGGGCCACUUGUUGCUGCAUGAAUGGUUUUGCAGUCUAUCUGGAUUCUGAAAA